AUGAAGUGUUCUGCUGCUUUUUGGAGGAGUAAGAAUGCAAUCUCGGAUAAGCCGGAUUCAGAAAAUAGGUCAUCGGUGAAACAUCUGUAUGGAUUGUUUCAUUACAACCCCACGAUGCUUGGACUUGAAUCGCUUCCAGAUCCCACCGAUACCUGGGAAAUUAUAGAGACCAUAGGUAAAGGCACCUAUGGCAAGGUCUACAAGGUAACUAACAAGAGAGAUGGGAGCCUGGCUGCAGUAAAAAUUUUGGAUCCAAUCAGUGAUAUGGAUGAAGAGAUUGAGGCAGAAUACAACAUUUUGCAGUUUCUUCCUAAUCAUCCCAAUGUUGUAAAGUUUUAUGGGAUGUUUUACAAACCGGAUCACUGUGUGGGAGGACAGCUGUGGCUGGUCCUGGAGUUGUGUAAUGGGGGCUCAGUCACCGAGCUUGUCAAAGGUCUACUCAGGUGCGGCCAGCGGUUGGAUGAAGCAAUGAUCUCAUACAUCUUAUAUGGGGCCCUCUUGGGCCUUCAGCAUUUGCACAAUAACCGAAUCAUCCACCGUGACGUCAAGGGGAAUAACAUUCUUCUGACAACAGAAGGAGGAGUUAAGCUCGUUGACUUUGGUGUCUCAGCUCAGCUCACCAGUACACGUCUACGGAGAAACACAUCUGUUGGCACCCCGUUCUGGAUGGCCCCUGAGGUCAUUGCUUGUGAGCAGCAGUAUGACUCUUCCUAUGACGCUCGCUGUGACGUCUGGUCCUUGGGGAUCACAGCUAUUGAACUGGGGGAUGGAGACCCUCCCCUCUUUGACAUGCAUCCUGUGAAAACGCUUUUUAAGAUUCCAAGAAAUCCUCCACCUACUUUACUUCAUCCGGAAAAAUGGUGUGAGGAAUUCAACCACUUUAUUUCACAGUGUCUUAUUAAGGAUUUUGAAAAGCGGCCUUCUGUCACACAUCUCCUCGACCACCCAUUUAUUAAAGAAGCCCACGGGAAGGUUUUAUUUCUGCAAAAACAGCUGGCCAAGGUCCUCCAAGACCAGAAGCAUCUAAACCUUGUUGUUAAAACCAGACAUGAAAGAAUGCACACCAGAAGACCCUAUCAUGUGGAAGAUGCUGAAAAAUACUGCCUUGAGGAUGAUUUGGUCAAUUUAGAGGUUCUGGAUGAGGAUACAAUUAUUCAUCAGUUGCAAAAGCGUUAUGUGGACUUGCUGAUUUACACAUAUGUUGGAGACAUCUUAAUUGCCUUAAACCCCUUCCAGAAUCUAAGCAUAUACUCCCCACAGUUUUCCAGACUUUAUCAUGGGGUGAAACGUGCCUCCAACCCGCCCCACAUAUUUGCAUCAGCAGAUGCUGCUUACCAGUGUAUGGUUACUUUCAGCAGAGACCAGUGCAUUGUCAUCAGCGGAGAAAGUGGCUCUGGGAAGACGGAAAGCACCCACCUGAUUGUUCAGCAUUUGACUUUCUUGGGGAAGGCCAAUAAUCAGACCCUGAGAGAGAAAAUCUUGCAAGUCAACUCCCUGGUGGAAGCCUUUGGAAAUGCACGCACUGCCAUCAAUGACAAUUCCAGCCGUUUUGGAAAAUACCUGGAAAUGAUGUUUACACCAACGGGAGCUGUGAUGGGGGCAAGAAUCUCUGAGUAUCUCCUUGAAAAAUCGAGAGUUAUAAAACAGGCAGUGGGAGAGAAAAAUUUUCACAUAUUUUACUAUAUUUAUGCUGGUCUUUAUCACCAGAAGAAACUUUCUGAGUUCAGACUUCCUGAGGAAAAGCCUCCUAGGUACAUAGCUGAUGAAACUGGAAGGGUGAUACACGACAUCACUUCCAAGGAAUCUUACAGAAGACAAUUUGAAGCAAUUCAGCAUUGCUUCAGGAUUAUAGGAUUCACUGACAAGGAGGUGCACUCAGUGUACAGAAUUUUGGCUGGGAUUUUGAAUAUUGGAAACAUUGAGUUUGCAGCUAUUUCCUCUCAACAUCAAACUGAUAAAAGUGAGGUGCCCAAUGCUGAAGCUUUGGAAAAUGCUGCCUCCCUUCUCUGCAUCAGCCCCGAAGAACUCCAAGAGGCCCUUAUCUCACAGUGUGUGGUCACCCGGGGUGAGACCAUCAUCCGUGCCAACACUGUCGACAGAGCCGCGGAUGUCCGAGAUGCCAUGUCCAAAGCCUUGUAUGCGAGGCUCUUCAGUUGGAUUGUAAAUCGCAUCAAUACACUCCUGCAGCCAGACAAACGUAUAUGUAGUGCAGAUGAUGGUAUGAAUGUGGGGAUCUUGGAUAUUUUUGGAUUCGAGAACUUUGGGAGAAAUUCAUUUGAGCAGCUCUGCAUAAACAUUGCCAAUGAGCAAAUCCAAUACUAUUUCAACCAGCACGUUUUUGCUCUUGAGCAGGUGGAAUAUCAGAAUGAAGGCAUUGAUGCUACACCUGUGAUGUAUGAGGACAACCGCCCACUCUUGGACAUGUUCCUCCAGAAGCCCCUGGGACUGCUUGCACUUUUGGAUGAGGAAAGUCGAUUUCCCCAAGCAACUGAUCAGACCCUGGUUGAUAAAUUUGAAGAUAAUCUGCGAUGCAAAUACUUCUGGAGGCCCAAAGGAGUGGAGCUGUGCUUUGGCAUCCUGCACUAUGCCGGAAAGGUAUUAUAUGAUGCUUCUGGGGUUCUUGAGAAAAACAGAGAUACUCUACCUGCUGAUGUGGUUGUAGUCCUGAGAACGUCAGAAAACAAGCUUCUUCAGCAGCUCUUCUCAAUUCCUUUGACCAAAACAGGUAACUUGGCCCAGACAAGAGCCAGGAUAACAGCAGCCUCAAGAUCUUUGCCUCCUCAUUUCAGUGCUGGAAGAGCCAAGGUGGACACUCUGGAGGUGAUACGGCAUCCAGAAGAAACCACCAACAUGAAGAGGCAGACCAUGGCUUCUUAUUUCCGGUAUUCUCUGAUGGAUCUGCUCUCUAAAAUGGUGGUCGGACAGCCCCACUUUGUGCGCUGCAUUAAACCCAAUGAUGACCGAGAGGCCCUGAAGUUCUCCCGAGAGAGUGUGCUGGCCCAGCUCCGCUCCACAGGGAUCCUGGAGACAGUCAGCAUCCGCAGGCAGGGGUAUUCCCACCGCAUCCUCUUUGAAGAGUUUGUGAAAAGAUAUUAUUACUUGGCAUUCAAAGCACAUGAAACACCUGUUGCUAGCAAAGAGAGCUGUGUUGCUAUCUUGGAAAAGUCCAGAUUAGAUCACUGGGUGCUGGGAAAAACAAAGGUUUUUCUCAAAUAUUACCAUGUUGAGCAGUUGAAUUUGCUGCUACGAGAAGUCAUAGGCAGAGUGGUUGUGCUGCAGGCAUAUGCCAAGGGGUGGCUUGGAGCCAGGAGAUACAGAAGAGUCAGAGAGAAGAGAGAGAAGGGGGCCAUUGCCAUCCAGUCAGCCUGGAGAGGAUAUGAUGCUCGGAGGAAAUUUAAGAAAAUAAGCAACAGAAGGAGUGAGUCUGCGGUUCCUAUUCAAGCAGAGCACCUUUCAGGCGAAAGCACUGAUCUGCAGCCUGCUGUUGCAGGGGACACCAAGGAAAGUGCCCACAUUCAAGACUGUAGUGAGCUUGGUGACCACACAGUUCUAAGGGGCUCUAUAGAUCGUAAAGUCAUCCCACAAACAGAAUUCAACAAUGGCCAUGAAGAUACUUCAAGCAACCCUCCUGCUAUCACUGAGAAAAAUUGGCAUCCACAAGCCCAGUGUUCUCCAGAAGGGUAUGAUGUCUUCGCAGGACAUCCAAAUAAGCACUCCGUUUCUGGGACUGAUUUGCUGUCUUCUCGGACAUGCCAUGCUGCCUCAGGUCGCCCAGCACUGAGUCCUUCCAGGGGAGCCCCUGCAAAACCUGUUUCAGAAAAUGGUCUUGUACAGAAGCAGCGAACACCUCGCCGAAGAUGUCAGCAGCCCAAAAUGUUGAGUAGCCCUGAGGACACCAUGUACUAUAACCAGUUAAAUGGAACUCUAGAAUAUCAAGGGAGCAAAAGGAAGCCAAGAAAACUUGGCCAAAUCAAAGUGCUUGAUGGGGAAGAUGAGUAUUAUAAAUCUUUGUCACCUGUGGACUCCGUUCCUGAGGAAGACAACCCAGCCUGCCCUUUCUUUUAUUCCUCAUCCUCAAAAGGAGCAUCUUCUGCUCAGCACUGAGCUGUACUUCCUGCCCCCCCCCCCACAAGUCUGCGGAGGGUAAGAACAAUCAUGGUAGUUGACUGAUUGUCAUUUCAUAAGAAAGCACUGCAACGGGUCAGCUUCUUUGGACACAUGGUGCAUGUCUGAGCCUUGCUGAACAAUUUUCAUAUUCCCAACCAUUUUCUCAUACCUCCAUUGCCCUCCCCACAUCUGCAGUGCAGCCUGAGUGGGGCAAUUUUUCGUAGCUGUGGGACACUGAGCACAUCUUCACUAUAGCAGUAACCAUCGUUCAUGGGAGUAACGAAGACCUCAACGUCUAGGGGGGUAACAGACAACCUUGCCAUUAGCCAAUCAUGAAUACUGACAUUUAUUUUUCCUGCUGUGUCCAUCCAUGCAAAAUCUGCCGCUGUGAAAAUCCAGGACUCUGUUUCUACCUCACCUCUCCCUGGCAUCCACCUCCUUCCUGAGAGACCCUCCAGGCAUCUCUUCAGAGUCAGGGUUCCACUGCAGAGUGCCCCCAUCCUAAAGGAGUGCACUCAAGAUCCCCUAGGUCAGGAUAAAUUUUUGUGUUUAGGGGGCAAGCCUAAGUCUUUCUAUAAGGCAGAUGGACCCCUCUCUUGCUAAUUAUUAUGCUGAUAAAGCUUUUGCUUCUUUACUCCCAUCACCUUAGCAGUAAAUAGAAAGGAGUUAGAGGGACAGAAAAUUUGGACCUGCCAUACAUAGUCCACGUCCUGUGGUUUAGUAACUUCCCAGUCUCUGGUUGGCCGCCUCCACUAGGCUGUGAGUGAUUAUAGAGGAAGGAUCUUGUCUUGUCUAUUUUUGUGGGCACAGAGCCUAGGGUAGUGCCUGGCACAGAGUGGACAUCCAGUAAUGCACUUAAAUGAAUGGAGGGACUUCACUUAAGUUAUACUAACGUAUCUGACAAGAAAAUUUCAAUUCUGUUGUUACACAUGAUUAAUCACUUUUCUUAUACCAUAAACUCUGAUUUUUUUCACUCCAGUUUGGGCUAGUCCUAUUAUAAUAAUGUUAUACCAUAUAUUAUAAUACUCAAUAUGAUUCAAUACAGCAAACAGCUUUGGAGCAACUCCUCUAUGCAAAACAAUGUGUAAGAUUGCUGUGUGAGGUAAAAAAAAAAAAAAAGAAAAGAAAAAAACCCUACAAGACCUUUUCUCUAGAACAGAUGUUCUCAACAUUUUUUUUUUACUUUAAAAUACUUGGCAGAUAGUACAAUGGAAGUUCCCAGAUUUUUAGAAAAAUUAACUGGAGGAAAUAGAGAAAAAUCGUUUUCAGAGUGAUAAAGGGGAGAAUUUUAAUACCCACGUUUUACAGAGAUAAAAUAAUGAAAGGAGGCAUUUAAAGAUCUCAGAAAUUUUUUUUACGAGGGAAAAAAAUAGGAAAAGUUAAAUAGUUAAACUUUACUUUUUUAAAAAAAAAUGAGCCUUGAUUUUUUUUCUCAGAUGUUCACCCCAAAGAAAUGUUUAUAAGGUAUGCAGACAGAGCAGAAGAAACACAAGUGAACUUUAUUGUUUAAAAAAUAUCUAGAAUAUGGGGCUCCUGGGUGGCUGAGUCAGUUAAGCAUCUGACUUUGGCUCAGGACAUGAUCUCGUGGUUUGUGAGUUCAAGCCCCACACUGGGCUCUGUGCUGACAGCUCAGAGCCUGGAGCCUGCUUCAGAUUCUGUGUCUCCCUCUCUCUCUCUCUCUCUCUCUCUGCCCCUCCCCCACUUGCACACUCGUGCUCUCUCACUCUCUCUCUCAAAAAUGAAUAAACGUUAGGGGCGCCUGGGUGGCUCAGUCGGUUAAGCGUCUGACUUUGGCUCAGGUAAUGAUCUCGCAGUCCGUGAGUUCAAGCCCCACGUUGGGCUCUGUGCUGACAGCUCAGAGCCUGGAGCCUGCUUCGGAUUCUGUGUCUCCCUCUCUCUCUGACCCUCCCCUGUUCAUGCUCUGUCUCUCUGUCUCAAAAAUAAAUAAACAUUAAAAAAAAAAUUUAAUAAAAAAUUUUAAAAAAUGAAUAAACGUUAAAAAAAUUUUAAAUAUCUAGAAUAUAUAGAUUUUAACAUUAUUCUAAUAUAAAUAUUUUUGUUUUGGAGUAUAGUAUAGGUACACAAUAUAGUGAUUCAACACUUCUAUGUAUCGUGCAGUGCUUACCACUAUAAACAUAGUUACCACAUAUAAACAUAAAUUGACUAAAUUUACUGUAUUUAAGUUUUCAUCUCUGGUGAUUUGUUAUUUAAAACUGGAAGUCUGUUAUCUCUCAAUCCCCUUCACCUAUUUCUCCCACCUCCCCACCCCACUCCCCUCUGGCAGCUACCAGUUUUUUUUUUUCCUAUAUCAAUGAGUCUGUUUCUGGGUUUUAUUUGUAUGUUUAUUUGUUCAUUUGUUCAUCUGUUUUGCUUCUUAGAUUCCCCAUGUAAGUGAAAUCACACAGUAUCUCUUUCUCUGACUUACUUCACAUAGCAUAAUACCCCUCCAGGUCUAUCCAUGUUGUCACAAAUAACAAGAUCUCAUCCCUUGUUAUGGCUGAGUAAUAGUCCGUUGCAUAUAUAUACUACUUCUUUAUCCAUCUGUCUAUCAACGACCGCUUAGGUUGCUUUCAUAUCUUAGCGAUUGUAAAUAAUGCUGCAAUAAACAUAGGGGUGCCUAGAUCUUUUGAAUGAGUGUUUUCAUUUUAUUUGGGUAAAUACCCAGUAGUGGAAUUCCUGGAUCAUACGGUAUUUUCUAUUUUUAAUUUUAAGGAACCUCCAUACUUUUUCCCACAGCAUUUGCACCAGUUUAUAUUCCCAGCAACAGCACACGAGGAUCCCCUUUGCUCCUCAUCCUUGCCAACACUUGCUGUUUCUUUUUUUUUUUAAUAUUUAUUUAUUUUGAGAGAGAGAAUGAGCUUGUGCCUGUGAACAGGGGAGGGGCAGAGAGAGAGGGAGAGAGAGAGAAUCCCAAGCAGGAUCCAUGCUGUCAGCACAGCCUGACUCUGGGCUCCAUCUCCCUAAACAUGAGAUCAUGACCUGAGCCGAAAUGAAAAGUUGGACACUCAACCAACUGAGCCACCCAGGCACCAACACUUGCUAUUUCUUGUCACAUCAUUCUGACUGGUGUGAGGUCAUAUAUUCUAUUUUGGAAAUUUUACCUUUAUCAUUGACUUAUCUACUUUUGAUUUGAUACUUUAGCUAUUUUUGUUGAGUAGAAAUAUUUCUAACUUCCUAUUUCUCUGUGUACAAUGUAAUUGUGUACCUGCCUUGUUUCUAAUUAAAUAUUUCUAAAAAUAAGUUUAAAGGAAACAUAAAUAAUUAUAAAAUUAUGAUUUUGAAGCUCUACAAUAAUUAGUCAUUGCCAAGCUAUAACUCCUAACAUUACUUUAGAAAUAGGGUUCACAGGGGGUGCCUGGGUGGCUCAGUCGGUUGAGCGUCCGACUUCAGCUCAGGUCACGAUCUCACGUUGGAGUUCGAGCCCCGCAUCGGGCUCUGGGCUGAUGGCUCAGGGCCUGGAGCCUGCUUCCGAUUCUGUGUCUCCCUCUCUCUCUGCCCUUCCCCCAUUCAUGCUCUGUCUCUCUCUGUCUCAAAAAUAAACGUUAAAAAAAAAAUUUUUUUUUUAA